CAUCGCGCUGACCUGUAGAUGUGUCGCAUUCUCGGCACGCACAGCCAACGGUGCUUGCCGGUGGCUGACAUGGUACGGUGACCCAAGAGGUGAGGAGCUGUGGGAGGUGAAGCAUCGCCUUCCCCUCUUCUCGCACGUUUAUCUUUCUCUUGGAUCUCUCAUCUCUAGUCUUCGUCCAGCAAGAAGCCAUGGCAGACCAAGACCAGGCGUCCGAACAGCUCGCCAAGGGAACCUACGCUCCCUCUCGGCCUGGUGACCUGCGAGGUCCUUGCCCUCUCAUCAACAGUCUCGCAAACCAUGGCUACCUCCCUCGCGAUGGGCGCAACGUGCGAGUUGAAGAAGUUCUCGCUGGCAUGGAUGCUGUCGGCCUGUCCAAGCCCCUCGGUGCCGUCUUUGCCAAUCCAAUCUUCAAUGAGCGCGCUCCGUCAAAGUUCCACAACGACCCUGUCCCUCAACGAACGUUUCUGCAGAGCGUUUGGCACACGAUCAGCGACCCAUGGUCCAUUUUUGGAAAGUUCGGCAUGCGGACGCCCGGUCAAGAAGACGCCGAAGGUCAUAGAGUUCUGAACCUGGAUCAGCUGGCUCUUCCCAAUGUCGUGGAGCACGACAUUUCUCUUACACGGCGUGAUCAUCAGCAGGGCGACAACCGAACCCCUCAGAAGGACCUCAUUGAAGAUCUCCUCGCCUCUGCAAAGGAUGGAAAGGCCCUCACGGCUCAGGACCUCGGAGACCUGCGCAAGCGGCGUAUCGAGAGGCAGAAGGCCGACAACCCGGGCUGUCUGUAUGGAGCCUUCGAGCAUGACCUCUCGUGUGCCGAGAUUGCGCUCGUCCUCAACGUCAUUGGCAACGGCAGCGAGCUUCCGUGCGACUAUGCCAGGGCAUUCUUCCUAGAGGAGAGACUCCCCAUCAAGGAGGGGUGGAAGGCGAAGACGACAAGGUUCGGAGUGAUUGCGUUGAUAACGGCCAGGAACAAGAUCAAGGAGCUGAUUGGACUGAAGUACUGAAUGAUUCGGGUUGAUUGAUAAUGAAUGAACGAAUACGCUUGUGUCUCCAGUUCCCUGCGAGUGUCGGUGUCUUGGUGUUCACAGUUCCGUGUCAUGUGUCGAUGUUUUGGUCAAGAAUGAAGCAAUCCGUGGAGUCCUUCUCAUGCCGGCGCCCGCUUGAGGGCUCAGGCAGGAGCGGGGAAUGCUUCGGCAGUAGAAGGCAGGUGGCACCUGCCAGAUAGGUCGAUUCUUACUUGAGGUCGGAAACGAGACGGGAAGCUGCAGUUACACCGGAGCGUCUAGAGCAUGCGUGCGUGCGUGAGUGCGUGUGCG